UUGUCUUUCUUUAUAAAGGAAUUGUCACUAUUCUGUCAUAUCCAUGUAGUAUUUAUAUGUAAAGGUAUAUUGUGCAUUGCAAAUUGCAAAUCGUUUAAUAGACCAACGAUGGGCGACAACAGCGAUAAUGAGAAGAAGCCGCUUUUGGGAAUAACACAAACACCCUACAACGGAGAUGGGGAGGUUUCCGAAGUGACUCCUACGGGACCAACUACCGUUGUUAGUUCGAUAGGGCCAGAUGAGCUGCCGCCCCCUUUCUUUCAGCCCUCGGAGCCAGGAGGGAUCCCAAUGGUAACAUGCCGGGUCUGCCAAGCCAUGAUCGAUAUAUCCGGCAAACGAGAUCAACAUGUCGUCAAAUGCAGCCACUGUAAUGAAGCGACUCCUAUUAGGAACGCUCCACCCGGCAAAAAAUAUGUUCGCUGUCCGUGCAAUUGCCUGCUGAUCUGCAAGAGCUCUUCUCAACGUAUUGCAUGCCCGAGACCCAACUGCAAGCGGAUUAUUAAUUUGGCGCCGAGCCCGGUCACUCCGCCAGUGCCUACCAUGCCCGGCAUGUGUCGGGUUACCUGUGGCCAUUGUCAUGAUACAUUCUUGUUCAAUACGUUAAACAACGCGCUGGCGCGUUGUCCGCAUUGUCGCAAGGUGUCAUCAGUGGGCCCCGACUACGCACGCGGCCGCGGCAACAUUUUCCUCAUCUUGGCGUUGAUCGCCUUGUCGGUUUUCAUCGGGGUGACCGCCGGAACGUACGCCUACGCGCGAACUCACAGCGGCGUUUACGUGGCCUACGUCGGCGCGCUGAUUCUUGCUCUUUUGUUUCUAAUGCGCAGCCUGUACUAUUACGUCAUGAAGGUCAGUAUUAUCGAAGGCCCGAUGUAAGUGACCGCUGCAAUAUUUCGGAAACAUAUGCCCGUCUCGAGCGUUUUCAAUCAAAAAUCAAUUUAUUAUGGGGGAGGAAAAACAUUUCCCUGGGUUAAAAGCUCUCUUAAGUCUCCCCCCGCUAACUAACAAUUAUAUACACCCGCCCUAGUUUUAUGUAGCAAAAGAAUGGUCGAUGCUCGCCGCGGGUUUCUUUCAACUUCUGGUACUUUACAAGUACCUGGUCAGGUCUGAACUGUUGCAACAUUAAAGCAGGUAGAUAAUUUGCGAACAUUCCUUGCUAAAAUUACCGCUGUGGUUUAGUGAUAUUUAUGAGUUCUGUUUCCGUGUCUUUUUCUUCUUUAAUGGAAUUCGAAAUUAGAAAUUGGUACCGAUAUUAAAGAACUAUGCGUUAGAACUGUAAUCGUAAUCCUAUGUAUUCGUUACUUAUUAAGUUCAUAUACUUGUGUAAAUAUCAAAUUAUUAACGAUAAGCGAUGUUUUAAUUGAAA